UGCAAGCCAACAGCGUUUUUUUCAAUUUAAAUUCUCAUCUCUCUUCUUUUUGUUAUGGCGUUCAACAAUGUGUUUUAAUUAAUAACACAUUCGUUACAAACAACAGGAAAACAAGGCAUAUGGAAUAUAAUGAAUACAAAUGAAUGCUCAUUCAAAGAUAAAUCUGAUACAAAUCAGUGAUCAACAUUGGGCCUGUAGAAGUAUUACAUAUUUCCUCUCUCUUGGUUCCUCCCCAUUUACUGAACAUAGCAGUUCUGUUUGACAUCAUGCUCACAACAGCGCCAGCCCAUCAUCUCUGUGGAAACUGAUUGACAGACUGCAUCAAUACCAUUCAAAGGCAUGGAUUCUCUCGUGGCCAAUGGUGAGAAAUUUACAAUUAACAUAUCUGUGAGUGACCUCGAUUAUUUUUAUGACAAGGAGUAUAGUAACUACACCGAUACCAGUGACACGUGCUGUUCAACUGGGGAGGUGUGCAGCUUGGAGGAGGGUAUGAGUUUUGAUGCUGUGUUCCUGCCCGUGUUCUACUCCCUGACACUGGUUCUGGGGCUGCUGGGUAACGGGUUGGUCCUGUUGGUUCUGGUCCAGAGGAGGCGUGGCUGGAGCGUGACGGACACCUUCAUCCUGCACCUCUGUGUGGCUGACAUCCUGCUACUCCUCACUCUGCCCCUCUGGGCUGCUCAGGCAGCUGAGGAAUGGAGCUUCGGGACCCCCCUCUGCAAGAUGACUGGAGCCAUAUUCACAAUCAACUUUUACUGUGGCAUCUUCCUGCUGGCCUGCAUCAGUCUGGACCGCUACCUGUCCGUGGUCCACGCAGUCCAGAUGUACUCUCGCAGGAAGCCCUGGAUGGUGCAGGCCAGCUGCCUGUCCGUGUGGCUCCUCUCCAUCCUCCUCUCCAUCCCCGACUGGCACUUCCUGGAGUCUGUGAGGGACACCAGACGAGACAAACAGGAGUGUGUCCACAACUACCCGUCUCUCUCCCAGUCUGGGUUUGACUGGCGCCUGGCCUCCCGCCUGCUCUACCAUACAGUGGGCUUCCUCCUCCCAUCUGCCGUGCUGCUCUUCUGCUACACCUGCAUCCUGCUGCAACUGCAGCGCGGCUCCCAGGGCCUCCAGAAGCAGAGGGCCGUCCGGGUCAUCCUGGCCCUGGUGCUGGUCUUCUUCCUCUGCUGGACUCCCUACAACAUCACCUUAAUGGUGGACACCCUCUACUCCAACAACACCCUGGUGGUCAACUGCGAGAGCCAUAAAGCCCUGGACAUCUCCCUGACGGCCACCUCCUCUCUGGGCUACCUGCACUGCAGCCUCAACCCUGUGCUCUACUCCUUCGUGGGGGUGAAGUUCCGGCGCCACCUGCUGGACAUGCUGAGUUCCCUGGGCUGCAAGCUGAAGAGUGGAGUCAGGCUGCAGACUGCCAGCCGGAGGAGCUCCAUGUGGUCUGAGUCUGGAGACACCUCCCACACCUCUGCCAUCUAUUAAGGACUUAUCUCUCUAUCCCAAGGUCUCCCAAACUAUGUCCUAAGGACCCCAAAUGGUGCAUGUUUUGUUUUUUACCCUAGCACUACACAUCUGAUACAAAUAAUCAGCUAAUCGUCAAGCUAUGGUAAUGUGAAUCAGCUGUGUAGCGUUAAGGCAAAAACCAAAACGUGCACGCCUUGGUAUCCCGAGGACCGAGUUAGGAAACACUGCUCUAUCCUGUUGCUCUUGAGUUGUCGUUGACUCAAUAAGUGGAUUAUCAAUGUGACCUUUAGCCUACUCCAACUUCCCCUCCAGCAGAUUUGGGCUGGAGGAAAGGUUGUUAGAUCCGCCGUGUUUCACCAUCAUCUUUUCCCAAUAGAGCACACUCAGAAAACAAAUUAUUUUGAAGAAUUAUUGCCUAUUAAAGAAACUCUUUGUAAAUAAUGGGGCCUAUAAUGAAGUUACACAUAAGUAAAUCAGUUGUACAUACUAAAAAAAUAUAAAGUGAUUACAAAAUUAUACACAUUUUUUUAGAGUAUGAACAAUAUCUUAUGAGUUUUAAGCUUGUCAUUUAUCAUUAAAUUUACCUGCUUUAUGUUUUGUUAUUAAAUGAUAACUGGCAUAUGUGCUCUGUUAUAGUUAAUGCAUUUGUUAUUACUGACACAUGCAAUGAUUUGAUGUAUAUUUUUUCACAACAAAAAUGCACAGUAUCCUAUGACAGGUUACAAUUUCAAGGAACCAUAGUGAAAUACUGAAUAAAGUUUAAUUCUUUAUACUAUCA